AUGCAGCGUCUGAACACACAGCUAUGCCUCUCCUUGCUGCUGCUGUCCUUGGGCGGGUCCCAGGCUCAGAAACCAGGCUACAAGGUGCAGGUGCAGAGCCUGGUGAAGGUGCAGGAAGGGCUGUGGGUCCUCGUGCCCUGCUCCUUCUCCUACCCCAGCCAGGAGGCAGGUCUGGAUUCCUCCCAAGCUCAUGGCUACUGGUUCACAGAAGGAACCAAUACAGACACCGGGGAACCAGUGGCUUCCACAAACCCAGCUCGACCCACGCAAGGAUGGACUCAGGGUCGAUUCCAGCUGCUGGGGGACCCCCACAGGAAUGACUGUACCCUUUUCAUCAGAGAUGCCCAGAAAGAGGACAAGAAAAAUUACUUCUUCCGGGUAGAGAAGGGAGAGAAGCUGAAAUAUAAUUUCCUGGUGGACAUGUUCCGGCUGGAAGUGACAGCCCUAACUCAGCCACACAUCUUCAUUCCUGAGACCCUGGAGCCUGGGCGAGCAGUGACCAUCAUCUGCAUGGUUCCCUGUAUCUCUCAGCAAUGUGUGGCCCCUUCCAUCUCCUGGUCAGGGCCUGCCCUCUCCAGCACUGAGAGCAGACCCCAGACCUCCUUCCUGUCAGCAAUCAGCCUCACACCACGCCUGAGGGACCACGGCACUCAGCUCACCUGCCGAGCGGACUUCAGAGCUGGCAACACUGUGGAGAACACUGUCCGGCUGAGUGUGGCCUGCGCCCCCAGAGACCUGGUGAUCACAAUUUUGCAUGACAAUGCCCAAGGUGGGAGGUCCAGUGGCAGGGCUGGCCCUACCCUGGAGAAGUGGAAAGCCCAGGAGUCCAAAGGAAACAUGACCUGCGUGGAUGUCCGCAAAGGCCAGUUUCUGCGGCUGCUCUGCACUGCGGCUGGCUGGCCUCCCCCCACGAUGACCUGGGUCCUGGGGAACCAAGUCCUCUUGAGGUCAAAUGCCACGCACCCUGGAAAUCUGGGGCUAGACCUGCCCCGGGUGAAGGUUAGGGAUGCGGGGCGCUACACGUGCCACGCGGAGAACAGACUAGGUUCCCAGCGCCACUCCCUGAACGUCUGUGUGCAGUGCGCAGGCAGAGGGAGCCCUGGCCAUUGUGUCUCCAUUGCAGACUCUCCGGAGGCGCUGACAGUGACCGCUUCUCAAGGAAACAGCACAGAGCUGGAAAUCCACAGGAACGGCUCAUCACUUCAUGUCCUGCAGGGACAAAGCCUGCGCCUGGUCUGUGUCACCCACAGCCACCCUACGGCCACGCUGACCUGGACCCAGGGUUCGAAAAUGCUGAGCCCCCCCUGGCCUGCAGAACCUGGGGUGCUGGAGCUGCCCAUGGUCCAGGCAGAACAUGAAGGAGAAUUCACCUGCCGGGCCCAGAACCCACUGGGUGACCUGCACAUCUCCCUGAGCCUCUCUGUGCACUAUGAAGGCUCCAUCUCUGCAGCAUUCUCCAAGGGGGCGGGCCUGGGCAUCGGUGCCACAUCUCUCCUUUUCCUCUGCCUCAUCGUGCUCAUUGUGAAGAUGCUGAGGAAAUCACAGCCUCACACAGAGACAUGCAGAACUCAUGUCUCCCCACACAGCACCGUCCUUGAUAACAGCAUUGUCAACCCUAAGGCCCGGGUCCCGAAAAAGAAGGCCAAGCCAAGCAGCCCUCCCAGGACCGCUUCUCCAGGCGCUGGUUCCCCAGAACCAAGGAAGAAGGAAAAGGCCGCCCUCAGCUGCCCCGAGCCCGCAUCACCCACACAAGAUCCAGACUCAGAGACUGCCCGGAAGAAAUCCAUUAUGCUGCUCUCAACUUCUCCCGGCCUCUUGAGAUCCUGA